AUGGAGCGCGACAAAAGUAGCUUGCAAGGAGUUGGAGUUCCUAGCUUGCAAGGAGUUGGAGUUCCUAGCGGAGUUGUAGAUCAAGGAGUGAGUCAAGGAGCAGCUGCUGGUACUGCACUCCCUCCACUUCGAAAAAGGAAACUUAAUGCUAGUGGUAGUAGAAAAACUUCUACGGUUUGGGAAGAGUUUAACAUUUUACCGGAUGAGCCUGAACCUAUAGCCGCGUGUAAACACUGUCAUAAAAGGUACCGAUGUGACCCUAAAACACAUGGUACUUCUAACAUGCUAGCUCACUCGAAAGUGUGUUACAAAAACCCUGCCCUUUUGUUGAAAGACCCCAAUCAGACAAACCUUGUAAGCGGCGAGGGUGGGUUUUUAGUUCCAACUAGUCAAAGGUUUAAUGCUGCAGCCUGUAGGAAGGCCAUUAAUACCUUUGUUAUCCUUGAUGAACAUUCCUUUAGAGUGGUUGAGGGUGUUGGUUUUAAGCAAAUGUGUAAACAAUUGCAACCCCAAAUGGCUAGCCCUUUUGUCAAUAAGACAAGCCUUUCUUUUUUGGAGUCAUUUUUUGAAACUAAGGAUGGAACCGUUUCAGUAGCUACUGCGUUUGCUGGUCAUCAGGAAGAUUGUUGUUAUUUCAUAUUGCUGUUGUUAUGAGAAUCAUGACUCAGAAACUUUUUGGGCAGCCACUGCUGCUAGUUUCAUAACAAUUCAGUGUUCGAAAUGUU